AUGUUUCGAUUUUAUUUGGUUUGUUUUUUGUCCAUCACAGUGUCGUUAUGUCAGGACGGCUCCUGCCCUCCGACGUUAUCGGUCGACGUAUGCGACGCGGAAUGUGGUCCACAAAGGCCAUGUAGCAGUUCUCAACUGUGUUGCCCAACAACGUGUGGUGGUUCUAUAUGUGUCGAUCCCAUGACCAGAAGACAUUUCGUCAACUAUAUUAAGCCGGGCAGUUGCCCCAAGGAUCCCAAGGGUCCCUGGCUGUGCACACACACUUGCACCACGGAUUCGGAUUGUCUGAGAGCGCUGAAGUGCUGUCCCAACAGAUGUGGUGUAUUUACCUGUCAGAUGCCGAGAUUUCAGGACGCUGAUAAAACAGCUUGA